AUGACCGUCCCCCAACCUCUAAUCAACCUAGAGGGGCAUUGCUCGGUGAUUUCGGGUAACACACUUUACGUCUACACGCCCACUGGCUUUGUAUCGAUUGACCUAAAGGUCAAUGGUACAUGGAAUCCGUUGCCCUCCGGCGUAUCCGUCUCCAACCCGGUAUGUCUGAAAGGCGGGAUAGAGGGCAGCCAGAACGAAGACGAAGCCCUGUAUGUGGUUGGCGGGACCACCACCAACUCAACCAGCCCAUAUACCGGCCUCCAGCGGUUUUCUUUCAAGGAUUCAAAAUGGGAAACUCUGGGAUCUGGAACAACCUUGAUGACCGACCUGACGGGCCAUGGUGCUGGUUUUGUCGCGUCGAAUUCUUCGAUCAUUAUUUACGCUGGCACCACAGGCGCGAGCACCAGCACCGCGCUCUCUUCCCAAACCUAUCUCAUCUCGACUGUAUCUCCCUAUGUCUCGACUUCGGUGAACAACCAGGGAGCUCCAUCGCUAAAUAAUCCCCAAAUUCUCCACUGGAACUCGACUCACGUUGGCAUGUUUAGUGGUAAUGAUGGCAGUGGCGGCAACAAAGCUGUCUGGACGUACAAUCUCGCAACAGGAUGGGAAAGCUCGCCUGUCAGCCUCCCGUCCGCCAUUUCAACUUCCACUCCGCUCUCUCUCCUGUCUGGGUCCAGAGAUAGCAAGGUGCUGCAAUAUUUCGACAUGAAUGCCUCUCCCAACUCUGUGACCAAUCUCGAGCUCAUCACCUCUGAUGGAACGCCCGAAAGCCCUGCUGUGGCGGUCGGGUCUUCGUCGAAGAAGCGGAGCACGGGGAGUUAUCCAACUUACAAUGACACCCUUGCCCCCAGCUACAAGUGGUCAGAUUAUGGCCUGGCCCAGGGAAGCAAUGGCCUGGUUGUUCUUUCCAGUGGCAAGAGCAAUGACUCGCUCGCCAUUUUCAACCAGACAUCCAAUAGCUGGGUGAAUUCGACGGAAUUGUUUUAUGGCAAGAGUGUACAGCACGUUCUGACUACGAAUACCACCACAUCGACCACCAUGACCCCUACGGCGACACCAACUCCUUCGACAUCAACCAGCGCUACCCCUAGCUCGACUACCACUGCCGCUGCCGCUGCCGCUGGUGGUUCUGGCACGGACGUUAAAGUGAUCAUUGGUGCUGUCCUUGGUGCCGUGUGCGGUGUUGGUAUCAUCCUACUUCUGCUUCUCUGGCUGCUGAAACGCGAAAGAACAAAGAGAGAGCGAAACGGCCAGUCCCGUGGUAUUGACAAGGACCGACUCAGCUUCCAGGACCAGGGUAUAGAACCCCUGGCUGGUGGUGCGUACCCCAUGGCAAAGAGUCCUGUUCCUGUUGCCUCGAUGUCAGCCGAUUCCCUCGCAAUUAUCUCAGGCAAGUAUGCAGGAGAGAAGUCUCUCAUGCCUCCUUCAAACUCUGGCUAUGGCCUUUCUGCCACACCUCGCAAGAGCAGCCCGCUCUCACCGAUUCCGUCCAGCGGUCUCGCGCCAUCAAGCAUGUACUCUGAAAGCGCGUACCGCGACAGCACCACCCCCUCGGAGCUGGGACAUAAGCCUGGUGAUCGCACCACCGAUGAAGGCUGGGGCAAGUACUUCCAGGACAAUAACACCACGAAUCUCGGCGGAAUGCCUGCGGACCGCUCCACCACCAGCUCGAUUUACACGAAGUCCGACUACCGCGGCAGCGCCUGGCCCAUGUCAAACCUGACACCGCUGAACCUCGGCUUCCUGGAUCAGCCCAAGCCCCUGGGCCGUGUCUACAGCGGCAGCCCUACAACAGAGCACGCAUCUUCGAGUCGCAGUCUCGCCAUUCCAGAAGGGCAGAGCGCGCGGAUCUCCAGCGCCGACUCGAUCAGCGUGACCAGUGACGAUGACCCACAUGAUACGAACUGGACUGGCGCGCAUACCAGCUGGCUUGGCCGCCCGGCUAGCAGCAACUAUAGUUUCUACAACAGUAGCUCGCGCGACUUGCCCAGUUCGAACCCGCAGUUCCCUCGACACUCGAAAGGCCGCCGCUCGAGCGUUGCGAUAGCCGAUGAUAUCGAUGAAUUGCCGAUGCCGGGCCGCAGCACUAACGUCAACUCGGAUAUGAGCUGGUUGAAUCUUCAAGCCGAGCGGUAA